GUUGGCAGGCUGUGAGUAUCUGUGUGAGGUGCACAUCUGCAUUAUGUGAGUGGCAUUGUAGCUUGGAAAAUGCAAACCCUUCUGUCCGUGGAAUGAUUAAAGUGCAGGCAUUGUUCUCUCAGUCUGUCUCUGCCUCCUUCCCUCCCUCCUUUUCUCUUCUCUUUUCCUAUCUCUGGAAGGAGGAGAAGGCAUUGAGUCUUCACUGGGACUGUGCGUCCAACACACUCUUGCCUGGGAAGGAGUUGCUGUCACCACUCACUAGACUGGCCCAGAGCUGCCUCUUCCCAUUCCGUCAGGCCUGUGAGGAACCUAGGAAAAUACCAGCAGGAUGGACAGCUCCAACAACAUCUCAGUGGCACACGGCGACACCACUCUAGCCCUGACUGAGUACAAAGUGGUCUCUGUCUUCCUCGUGCUCCUGGUGUGUGUGGCAGGCAUCGUGGGCAAUGCCAUGGUUGUCCUGGUGGUGCUGACCUCACAGGACAUGCACACACCUACCAACUGCUACCUGGUCAGCCUGGCUCUGGCCGACCUCAUUGUGCUGGUGGCUGCGGGGCUACCCAAUGUCUCCGACAGCCUGGUGGGGCACUGGGUCUACGGGCACGCUGGCUGCCUGGGCAUCACCUACUUCCAGUACCUGGGCAUCAACAUCUCCUCCUGCUCCAUCCUGGCAUUUACUGUGGAGAGGUACAUCGCCAUCUGCCAUCCAAUGCGGGCCCAGACAAUCUGCACUGUGGCCCGGGCCAAGAGGAUCAUUGCCAGCAUCUGGGGGGUCACGUCCAUCUACUGCCUGCUCUGGUUCUUCCUGGUGGACCUCAACGUCCAUGAGAACCAGCGUCUGGAGUGUGGCUACAAGGUGUCCCGCAGCCUCUACCUGCCCAUCUAUCUGCUGGACUUCACGGUCUUCUUUCUUGUGCCUCUGCUGGUGGCCAUGGUGCUCUAUGGGCUCAUUGGGAGGAUCCUGUUCCGUCGUCCACCAUCCCAACAGGCCUGGCAGGAGACGAGGCGGCCCCAUGGGCAAGUCAAAGAUGCGCUGGGCAUACGCUCCAGGCCCAAAGGCUCUCCAUCCUCCAGGAAGCAGGCCACCAGGAUGCUGGCGGUGGUCGUGAUGCUCUUCGCCAUGCUGUGGACGCCCUACCGCACGCUGGUGCUGCUCAACUCCUUCCUGGCCCGGCCUCUCCUGGACCCCUGGGUGCUGCUCUUUUGCCGUACCUGUGUCUACACCAACAGCGCCAUCAACCCCGUCAUCUACAGCCUCAUGUCCCAGAAGUUCCGGGCAGCCUUCCUGCGGAUGUGCCAGUGUGGAACGAGGGGGCCACAGAGACACACAGGGGCCCCCACCAGCAGCAGCUGCAAUGCUGUCCACGAGACCCCGCUGGGAACUGAGACGCUGGGCUCCAGCAAGGGCUCAUGUCCUGUGGCAGCUGGCCCCAAACCUUGCCAGCAGGAACCCAACUUCAGCAUGCUCUGAGGGCCUCUUCUGCCUGGUCCCUUGUCUUUAAUCCCUGGGUUUGCUCUCUCUCUGGGCCUGUGGGCAUCUGCU